AGCGCCCCCUGGUGCUAGAACCUACAGCAUCGUCACCUUUUAUGCAGCUUGAAAUAAAUGAAAUCUGUCGCUCAGAAUCAACCUGACAACAGGGGGCGCUCUCUAUAUAUGGUCAGACACAAUGAUGAAGUAUAUAAAAGGGCAGCAGUGCAGUAUCUGGUUUACUGACUGGUGACGUGACUGUGUGACCUUUGACCUGUGACAUCACAGUGUGAUGUCAUGGUCGAUGAUGGCUGCAGCUGUUGUUGUUGGCUUUAAUCAGCAGCAGGUGGCGAUGUGCUCUCAUCAGUGCCAUGGUCUUCAUCUGCAGCUGCUGCUCCGUCAGAACUCCCAGAGUGCUUCACUUCACCCAGGAACCAUGUCCACCCUAAAAUCUGGAUCUACUCUCCGGUCUUUGCUUCUGACUCCAGAGAGAAUUCCGACCUUUUUCAUCCCGAGCCGCAGUCCCCUCCUGACACUGUCCCCUCGGCACAGCUCCCCCGACCGGGUCAGACUCCUGUCAGACCCUGAUGACGACGAUGACGACGGGCCAGUGACGAGCCCCGUCCCUGCGGCCUCACCUAGGUUCUUGCUCCGUCUCCCACCAAGGAUUAGAACUCCUCGCCACUGCUCCAGAGCCGCAGACACGGAUGUCACGACCCGGGCGGCCAUGUCGCUGCCACAUGUGGAGAAGGUGACCACGCCCUACGGUUUCCGGGCCGUUCUGGCCGCGAGCCCCUGCACGCGACGACGGGAGUCGCUGUUUCACAGGAACACAAGGGUGAAAGUGAUGGUGACCGAGGCAGAGGAGCAGCAGGAGCAGCAGGAGCAGGAGGAGCAGCAGGAGCAGCAGGAGCCGUCCUCCCCCUCUCCACCUUCUCCUCCUGCUUCAGGUACCGACCCAGUUGCUGGUACUGGUUCCAGCAGGUCCAAAAUCAGGAGUCUGGGUCUGCAUAUGAUGAAGGAACUCAAAAAACCUGCAGCUGCUCUGAAAGCUCUAAGUCCCGCCCCUCGCAGGACCGAGGGUCGACGUCACAAGUGACGACACUCGUCACAUGUUAUGUUUUUAUUAUUCCGUAGUUUUUGUGUCGUUUUAAUCAAAGCUUGAAUUAAAAUCUCUAACAACUUGA